GAUGUUAUAUGAGCUGAGUUUUUGGAGUGAUUUUGAAUCAGGAUAGCCCCAGACUCUGUUCAUGUUGAAUGCUGAGAGCGUGCAGAUUUCUAUAAUGUCAUGGUAUGAUUAUUUUCCAUUCUACUUCAAAUUGUCUAAUCAUCCUAAUGUUGUGAUGUAAACUAUGCCAAUACACAUAUCUUACCACUUUAAUGGUAAGCCUCGGUGUGUGUUUACAAUACAUCACUUUCAAAUUGUUAGCUAAAUGUCACUCUUUGCCUAAAAUGUAAGUUUGAUUUAGAUUGCUAUACACCUAUUUAGUCCAGCUAGUAUUUAAUUUGUGCAAGUUAUGAGUAAAGUUUGUGAUUCUGAUAAUGACCCUGUCUACAUGCUAUGCUGCUAUUGUGACACUCUUGUAAUUAAUGUACAGCAUUCUUAAUUUUUGUGUAAACUUUCUCGGUUAUUGAUUUGAGUUGAUUGAUUUACUAGCCUGCUUACUGUCUGCCAUCAGGCCCAUGAUUUUCUUAAAUUUGCUGCUUUGUCUGCUGUUUUCUUCAACAUGUUGUGGGCUAAUAUACGAGCUCUGAGGUUUUGGAGGUCUAAUAGGUUUUUGACAGCCUGGUAUUUGGUCAAUGUUCCUGGUUCCAGUUGGUAUUGUGUUGCACAGGGCUGGGCUACCGUCUCUUCUCCAACUUGGUACCUGCUGUCCCUCCUCCUCCCCCCUGAUACUAGACUAGUGAUGACCCUCAAGGCUGAAGAAGAGAUGAGCAUUAGCCUCAGUUCUGGGGAACAGAGACAUUGAAUUACAGUACUAGCUUUUCAUCCAAGGUUGUGCCAUUAUGUAAUGCCAGGGAUGGAACACGGAUGAAAUUUGUGUGACAUGUGCUAUUCAAAAAGGUUUAAGUACAGUUAAUAUAAAUAUUUGUACAAGGAACAUGGUACAGUAUGCACAAGUUUGAAUGUGCAGAUACUAAGCUCGGAUGUUUAAUGCUGCAUAAUUAUACAUAUAUACUUCUCCUCUGCCAGUGGUGUAAUUGUCUAAUUUAAAGAAACUAGGACAGUUAACAAGCAUGCUGCAAGCUCCUCAGAAUGCAUAAACGCACAGUUAAAAAAAAGUAUGAAUGUGGAGAGUGUGGAAAACUGUUCUCACUGAAGAGGUACCUUAACAUUCACAGGGCCAGUCACAUAAGUGAGAAGUAUGAAUGUGAAGAUUGUGGGAAACUGUUCACUCGUAAAACCUACCUUGACAAACAUAGAGUUAAGCACUCAAGCCAGGAGACCUGUUUAGAUGAACAAAAGUUCAGUGAAACGAGCAAGAACAACAAUGUCACUAAUGAAAACGACUGUGAUAUAAGUGUAAAGAGCUACAGCAACAAACACGAGGCUACUCACUCGAGUGAGACACGUGAGAAAAACUUUGCAUGUGAGGAAUGUGGAAAAGUGUUUACCAAUAAAAAAUACCUUUACAAGCACAAAGGUAUUCACACAAGUGAGAAACACUUUGAGUGUGAGGAAUGUGGGAAGCGGUUCUCUCGGAGUGGCUACCUUAACAAGCACAAGAUCACUCACACUGGUAAGACAAGGGAGAAAAAGUACUCUUGCGAGGAAUGUGGGAAACUGUAUGCCAAUAAGAAUAGUCUCGAGUGGCAUAAGGCCGUUCACAAAGACAAGAGGUAUGAGUGUGCGGAAUGUGGAAAGCUGUUUCUUCACAUGACCUACCUCAUUCAGCAUAGAAAUGUUCACACACACGAGAAAAAGUAUAGAUGUGAUGAAUGUGGGAAGGAGUUCCUGUGGAAGAGGAAACUUGCUGAUCAUAGGUUAACUCACACAGGUGGAGGGCAUGAGUGCAAAAUAUGUGGGAAACGUUUUAUUCAGAAGAGGAGUCAUGCUGAACACAUACUUGGUCAUACUUCUGAGAAGCUGGCAUGCGAAGUGUGUGGAAAAAUAUGUGUUCACGAGAAGCAACUUGGUGAACAUAAGCGUACUCACAAGGCCGAGAGGAAGUAUGAUUGUGAGGUGUGUGACAAGUCAUUCUUGCAGAAGAGUUACCUCACUCAACAUGAGCUUAUUCACAAAGGUGAGAAAGAGUUUGAAUGUGAUGAGUGUGGAAAACAAUUCACUUUGAAAGGCUAUCUUAAUAAGCAUAAAGCUAGUCACAAAGGAGCGAAGUAUCAGUGUGAGGAGUGUGGCAAAUUGUUCUCUCGCAAGGGCUACCUUACUAAGCACAGGCUGCUUCACACGGAUCGGGAAGAAAGGUAUUCUUGCGAGGAAUGCGGCAAAGUGUCCGGUAAGAAAGAUAAUAUUACCAGACACAAGGCUGUGCACACUGAUAAGAGGCACAAGUGUGAGGAAUGUGGGAAAUUGUUCCUUCACAAAGCUUACCUGAUUCACCAUAAAAAUAUUCACACGGGCGAGAAAAAGUACGAGUGUGAUGAGUGUGGGAAGGCUUUCCUAUGGAAGAGCAACCUGAUUGACCAUAAGGUAUUCCACUCAGGUGUAAAGAAGUACGAGUGCAAGAUGUGUGGAAAAUUGUUCUUUCAGAAGAGCCAGCUUACCGAACAUGAGCUUAUACACACGGGUGAAAAAAAAUAUGAAUGUGAUGAAUGUGGAAAACUAUUUACACUGAGGAGAUAUCUCAACAAGCACAAGGCCAGUCACACAAGUGAGAAAUACUUUGAAUGCGAAGAAUGUGGUAAACGGUUCUCUCGGAGUGGCUACCUUAACAAGCAUAAGAUCACCCACACUGGUAAGACAAGAGAGAAAAAGUACUCUUGCGAGGAAUGUGGGAAACUGUAUGCAAACAAGAAUAGUCUCGAGUGGCAUAAGGCCGUUCACUCGGACAUAAGGUACGAGUGUGAAGAAUGUGGGAAGCUCUUCCUUCAUAUGGCCUACCUUAUUCAGCAUAAAAAUAUCCACACACAAGAGAAAAAACACAAGUGUGAUGAAUGCGGUAAAGUUUUCCUUUGGAAGAGAAAACUUGUCGAUCAUAAGUUAUCUCACUCAAAUGAGAGAUAUGAAUGCGAGAUAUGUGGAAAGCUGUUUUUGCAUAAGAGAUACCUCAUGGAACAUGUGGUAAUUCACACAGGUGAGAAAAAAUAUCAGUGUGAGGAAUGUGGAAAAUUGUUUCUCUUGAAGAGCUAUCUUAACAAGCAUAAGGCUGUUCACACGGGUCAGAAAAAGCACGAGUGCAAUGAAUGUGAGAAGAUUUUCACCAAGAAGAGUAGCCUAGACAAACAUAAGACUGUUCAUGAGAGUGAGCAGUAUGAAUGUUACAUAGAGUGUGACAUAGUGGACAUGAUGUGUUAAGCAACAUUAUUACAUAGUGUCAUAGCCCAUGCCAUAAUGGGCUAACCAUGCUGCAAGAUGCAUUUCCAUCCACUCACAUACAGAACCUACUCUUGCAAGCAAUUUCCAAUGGUUCCUUUGGCAACAAAUUUAAUUUGCAUGUUGACCAAACCACACACUAGAAAGGGAAGAGGUGACGACGUUUUGGUCCAUCUUGGACCAUUAUCAAGUCGAUUGUGAUAAUCGACUUGAUAAUCGUCCACGACGGACCGAAACGUCGUCUCUUCACUUUCUAGUGUGUGGUUUGGUCAACAUUUUUCAGCCACAUUAUUAUGACUCCUCAUCUGCUUAAUCUGCAUGCUAUUUUCCAAAACUUAAAACAAAAAACUUUCAUACAGUUUGAGAAACUUACGAUAAAUAUAAUUUUGUUGUAUUAUUAAGGGGUUAAUUACAUAAAUUGGGAAUGAACUGUAAAAUAUUAAAUGAGAGUUUCUGUCAAGCUUUUGUUAACUGGUGGAGCAAAUAUUAAGUAACAACUGAUUUUGUUUCAGAAAUGUAUAGUAUUGCAAAGUUAACAUCAAUUCUGAAAGCAUCAAUUCAAGCUAAAUGUCUUUUUAUGAAAGUAUUAUUUCGUCUAAUUUUAAUCGAGUGAGUUUUCUUUUGCAGGUGUAUUGUUAUAUGUGAUACUGUAUAUAUAUGUAAUUACAUGUAUAAAUAUUGUACAGAAUAUAUUUUUACUGAAAUAUUUUGUUAACAUUUAAUGUUGUUGUGGCAGAGCCCUUUAUAUAAAUUAUUUAAAAUACA